AUGGCAUCCUCUGUGAGGAACCGGCGCGCCUCCACCCCUUCCUCUUCAGCCUUGCCGCCUCGAGUUCUCAACGUACAGAAGUUCGCGGAGUCUCGGGCGGCUGAGCUCGAAGCCCUGCACGCCAUCGUGGCCAGCCGCAAUGAGAGGAACUUUCGUCUCCAACGUUGUAAAAGGAGAAGGACCUCAAGCCACGAUGCUCGUAUCGCCAGGGGUGGGCGCGGCAGAAAGAGGCCUAGACUGGGGAGGGAUGAGGCGCCUCCAGGGAAGGGGCAGGAGGAAUCAGGUGAAGAGAAGAAGAAGCUGCCCCGACGGGUUCGUAGGAGGAUGAUGUUGCGGAAGAACAUGGAAUUUGGAUUCAGUGUAUCGGGAGAUGGCACAGAGAGGCUUCGGACCCACCUCUGGCAUGCUAAACGGUUCACCAUGGUGAAAAGGUGGGGGUUCUAUCUCCCUUUGGGACUACAUGGCAGGUAAUCCUCGAUCAGUGCCUCUUGUUUACAUCAUUUCACCUCGUUUGUGACGUGCAAUGCAAUCAGAAAAGGAAAUUUUUUAAGAGAUUAAGAGGUUCACCGUCUUUCAUUUGAAAAAGACGUCUGACCUGGUGUACAUUGGGCAUUGCUUACAAUCGUCCAGAUGGUUUCGCUUGAAGAUUUUGCAAUUCGGAUAAAAGUAAAAUCAUAUUUCUUUUAGCUUUAUGAUGUUCAUUAGUUUUGCUGUUGAACCUGUACUGACUGAGUACUUUCGUCGACUUAUUACCCUGAAAAAUUUACGUUUAAAAUCUUUUAACCCAAGUGUUUUUAUGGUGUAGAGGACGAGGCUCAAGGGCUAUCUUGAAGCGACUGAAAUCUGGGGCCCUUCUACAUGAUUCAAGCUACUGUAGCCCUAUUCUACUAGAGGGUCCAGAGGUAGGUUUCUUUUCUUCCUAAGCUUGGCUUCUUUGAUGCAUCUAGAAAUAGAUGGUGUUCUGCAUUAUUAAAUUUUCCACUUGAACUUUGACGAAGAUGUUUGGACUGAAAUUCUUUAAAUACCAUUGUGUCUUGCUGUCAGUAAUACGAACUUGAUUUCCCUUAUGCUGUUGGUCCACUCGCUAUCAGGAUUCAAUAUUGGAUGUAUUAAGAAUGGUCUUGGUUCAACCACAAUUGGAUUUCUCUGAAGGAACCUCUCAGCUUGUGUUCCACGGAGUUUGUUACCAGAGUGCUAUGGUUUGUUGACUUAUUUUUUAAGGAUAUAUAUAUAUAUUUUUUUUUACAUGUUCGUAUCUUUGCUGAUUGCCCUGUAAACACGAAUCUCAUUCAGCUUCAUCAUAUUGGAGGGCCCCUGUCCAAAUUGAUUUCCCCAGUAACCUACAUGUGGCGGCCAGUCAUAAGGCAUAGUGAUGCCAGCGUUGAUACAAACCCUGUUCAUAAUGGUGCUUGUAGCAAUGAGCUCAGCAUUCCAUACCGGCAGUUGUGGAUAUGGGUACACGCUGCUGCUUUUAAUGAAGCAUUUGAUGUUCUUGCAGCUGCAUCCCAAAAGCAGGUAACUCAUUUACUAUUCGUUUUUUUCAUGUGAAAAGUAUUGCCGCCUUGUUUAUCCUUGAUUGCUUCUCCUUGUAUGUAUCCCACACUGUUUCUCUGGUUUCAUGUUUAUUUCUCUCUUUCAUACGAAAUAUCGUAGUACACACCAUGAGAAGAUAUCAAUAAUCAUUUCGCAACAUUCGAGUGCUUGUAUCUCCUUGAUAUUCCGUUUUCUCAUGAUUGAACUGCAGUCACAGGUUUUCCUUUUUUAAUCGCUGUAGUUUUCUCUUCAAGUUGUUCUGUGGUUGGUUAACACUUGUACGACCGUUGUUUAUUGUUAAAAUGGGUCCAUGCUUGAAUAUCCUUAACCAUCAUUUGAUGCGUGAGAAUUCCUUAUAAUUGACGAGAUUUUAAUAUUUCAUAUCAAUUCUUUCGUCACAAUAUUUUAGUAUUCCAUUCCAUUCGUUCGAUAUUGCACUUUUAGUAAUUUAUUAAUGCGUAGUUAUGCACCUUCUAUCGCUGGGGUAUUCUCAGUAAAUCUUAGAUUCAGAAAUUGCCAAUCAUCUGACACCACGCUGAUUAUGGCACCUAAUUUCUAAUGUCCUUGGCCUGAUUGAUUUGAUUUUGAGCACUAGUUCAGGAGGCAUGCAUAAUCAAGUGCCUUGGUUAGGAAAACCUGAUCUAGUUUUACAUUUUCUCCACGCAGUAAAAGUUCUUUAUGCUUUCUAUAACAGAGGAACACAGACGGGGUGUCUGUAAAUUGCCUUUCACUCAAAGGAAAGCUUGGCAAAUUGGAACUCAUUGGAUCGGAGGCUACUCAGAUUCUUCAGAAAAUACUGCAUUCCGCUUCUGAGUAAGAAAUGCCAAUUAUUUCGAGUUAUAUAGAGUAAAAAGGUUCACUGGGCUCUUUUGUGUUCGAACUUAUGAAGAUUUUUUUCCUUUCCAGGUUAUCUAAUGCAUCAAAGGAUUCUUUCAUGGUUAGCCAUCCAUGUUCAGUUCCUUGUGAUAGUUUCCAGAAGGAAUCGGGACUUAGUGAACAGGAAGGUUCCGUCUCCCUUCAAUCAGUUGGAAGUAUAGAACAUUGCUCAAUCUCCACAACUAAAAUAUCGAUGCUUUCUGGAGGGGCAGAGGACGUUCCAUCCUGUGCAAUCAUAUCCUUAAAUGUCGUUGAUCCUCGCGAUGUGGCACUAAGCAGGGGAAACGAAGCUGCACUUUUAGCAACUUCUGCUGAUAUUCAGUCUGAUUUGCUGAAAGAAGCUUUAGAAGAAUCCAGCAUCCCAACUCCCGCAUCUCUGAACUUGAAUGAAGAGAAUAAGUUGCCACUGUGGCCUGAUCCUGCUCGGAAUGCCAAGUUCAUUUCUGACUGUAAAGAUUUGUGGGAUUCCCAUGACAGCCUGAAACCACCAAUCGAUGAUUGUACCCUUUGCUUAGAGAAACAUCACAAGCGACUGAAGCGUUUCUAUAUGGAUGAUACCAAUCCUGUCACUUCGCCUAGUGAAAGUCAAGAACGUGGUUCUAGAACGUGCCCUGUCUUGCUACUAAAACAUAAAUUCCAGAAUAAAACUCAUCAGGGGUAAUUUUUUUGAGCUUAUCUUUCUCUAUUAUUUUUGUUUUGAUUGAGUAUCUACGUGUUGAAAUGUCAUUUGUUAAUUAUCAUUUUUCUUCGCUUCAUGCUAAUUCAUACACGCUUAGAAGGUCUUAAUCUAUACACAUGAUGUAUGACAAUAUAUAGUAGGUAUGAGUACCUGGAAGAAGACCAGCAAGAUGCCAUGAGUUGUGACUAUAGCAGUUCACUUUGGUACCAUCUUAGAGCUGUUCUGGGCAUACAGCCUUAUUAUCGCUAGUUUAUUUUUCACAAAUGUUUCGAUCACAUCCGUUCACAAGCAUGCCAACGAUUUGUGUCCUCAAAUGGACUAAAUAAAUGGGGUAAUACAGCCUCAAGGGCAAUCAUUGCCCUUUUGUUCUGUAUUAUUUGUUAAAAAGAAAUUCCAAUGAUCAUGGUUACCUUUUCACCUUAAGGACUUGUCUCUGAAACAAAAUUAAUCAGAGUUGACUUUUCUCCUUUUUUGUGCUACAGGUGGUCAAUCAUCCUUCCAUUGAGCUGGGUCAAGUCUUUCUGGAUUCCACUCGUGUCUUGUGGAGCCCAUGCAAUUGGCUUGAGAGAGAAGCGAUGGGUUGCAUCAGAUGUUAGUAAUCUACAGUUAUUCUAAAUGCAGUGCUCUACAUUUAUAUUGGUGAUUCUCCAAAGUUUUCACUUAAUUUGCAUUACAGGGCGGGGUACCAUGUUUCCCUUUUGAUUUCCCUGACUGCAAGGCGUACAUGGCGCUCAUGUCUGCUGUUGCGGCUGAGGUCGAACAAAUGGCUGAGCUUCGUCCCCCUUCCGUGAGGCCAUCUAGGAUUCCCAUACCUCCUCCAUGGGAUUGUGUAAGGUCUUCGAUUGUGAAACUUCCCGACAUAAUUCGGAGCUCUCAGAUGCUGCAAACUGAGAUGCGAAAUGAUGGAAAAUUGCCCUCGCCCACUUCAAGAUUCGACUCAUCCAUGGGGACAAGCAGCCUUACAGCUCAGGCAAUUGCUCCUUCGUAUUUUCAUGGUUCUAUAGCGAGGACAGGAGAUGCUAUGAAUCGGUGCUUGAAUCAUAUUAAUGCUAGCCAUCUGCUUGUGUUUCCAAAUUAUAAAAUGGGAAAAAAGGCUUUCUCUGAUCUGAUGAACAAAGAAAGGGUCAACUGGGUCCCCAGAAGCAUCAAAAGGCUUCAUGCAGGCAGACCCCUUCUUUUUUCAAGGGUACUCUUGCGUCCCUGUAGGGAAGGCGCCUUUGAGGAGGGAGCUGUUGUCUGUGCCCCUCUCCUAUCUGAUAUCUUGUCAUUGGCAUCCAGGUCAGUAGUUCAAUCCAAGCAAGCUAGAAUUAUUUAUAAAAAAAUUUCAAGUCUUCCUGUAUGAUCAUAUGAAUGAUUCGAUGCAAUUCUACUAGUUUAACCAGUCAAGUAGAAGCUAGCUUCCCCCGUAGCAUUCCAGUGCUUAACUAGCUAGACUGUAGGAUCCUAAUAGUAUCAGUAACCCUAGUAGAGACCCAAGUUAGUGAGAGAUGUCAUAGAAGGGAUAUUAAUGAGAUGCAAAGAACGGUUUCCGCUCAUUCUCCAUGAACAUGUAUGAACACAGAUCGGUUAGAGAUGGGGAAUUCUUGUGACCGCCUGCAUGCUUAUCACGGUGUUAUCUGGGAGUUUAUUAAUAUUAAUUUCAUAAUAAUAAUAAUAAUAAUACAUUGUUAUUAUUUGUAUUAGUACUUUGGGUAUUCAGAAAUAGAAUCAGUAUUCGCCUUUUUCUGUACAACACCGGAGGAGCAAGAGAAGCUUCAGAAUGAAAGUGCCCUCUUUUUUUUUUUGGCCUUGCAGAGCUGAGGAGCGAGAGAAGCUUCAGAUUUCCCAGUCAACGGUGGAUUCUGGCAGCUGGGCUAUGCAGGUUCCCGAAGACCCAUCUCACCGCUGGCCGAUUGGAUUUGUCACAUCUGGGUUCACCCGAGGGAGGUAACAAGUCUUCCCUGGUGACAAUAAAUACCUUAUUUUUAAUUAAUAAUUAAUUUCCCUGAUUCCCAGGAUAAAGAACGUUUCUAUUUUACUCAUAAAAAAAAGAAAAAAAAGAAAAUGGAUUGAAAUGUACCGACCGAGCCAGUGACUUGCUUGCUUCCAUCACAUGCAGCGCUCAUCCCAUGGCCAUGGCCGUCUGUGAGGUGACGCUGCUGGCCCAGCUGAGAGAGCAGCAGUGGAGCGAGAUGCUGGAGAAGAGCAGACCGGAGGUGCUCGUCCUGGUCAGGAACAUGAGGUCCACCGCCUAUCGCCUCUCCCGUGCUUCCAUUGUUCUUGAGCAUGGCCAUGAUUUAGAUUUCAUGUGA